AUGGAUGACAACGAAGUUGUAACGAAGAAGAGAAAAACAUAUCGCAUAGCAAAGAAGCGUAAGAACGUAGCAUCUGAGACCCAAGACACUGAUAAUGCGGAGGACACUAAGGGUACGGAAGAUGAAACACAGAUCGACAGUAGUGACCUAGAUGGGCUCAUUCCAGACAUUGAAGACUACCUGAGUGCCACCAUGUCAGCUGAGGAGCCGAAUGUCGUAGAACUGCCGCCGGUUAUUAAGUUCAGGAAAAACUGGACGCUUUCGGUCACCGAUCUCUCUUCGCAGUUGUGGUGUGAAAAGCAAACCGAACUCAUGCUCAUCACUGGACGGAAGCGGGUAACCAAGGAGAUGGAGCAAGGGACAGAGCGGCACGAGCAGCUCGAGCUGGAAGACCACGAGGUGGUGGAAGUUGCAGUGGAAACAAAUGAGGACUCCCUUGGCAUUAAACUGCUCAACUCAAUCAACCUUAUAGACCAGCUCAUGGCCACUGGCAAGUGUCGUGAACUGUGGGUUUUCGCAAACAUUAACGGCUACGUUCUCCGCGGCAUCAUCGACCAGCUGGAGAUCAUCAAGUCGGGGCCAUCACAGAAAAAGAAAGUGUUGAUAUCGGAUACCAAGACGCGCAACAAAAAGUGCAAGCCCAGCGCCUCUCAGAUGCAGGGUGCGGCGUUGCAGGUUCAAGCCUACUGCAUAAUGCUGGAAAAGAUGCGCAGCGGAAAUGAGGAGUUCGACGCACUGUAUAAGGCAUUUGAGUGCGACAAGGAUGCACCCUUCGUAGCAGCCGAACUCGUAGAUGAAGGGUGCCUGGCAAUGCUGGAAAGGCGAUUCAAAAACGCCUUCAUGCGCCUCCCGGAAAUCGCAACGACCAUGCAGUUGUCAUACGAACACGAGGGAGAGGUGUUCAACACCUCAGACAUUGACCUCCAGGAGUCGUCUACCAUGUAUACAAUACAGUAUCUGUGCGAUUUCUGGGACGGACACCGACACGCGGAGCCUGUCAGAAAACAAGAGUCGUGGAAGUGCAAAAUGUGCGAAUACAGAGAAGAGUGCGACGUUUCACCGCUGCCUAAAGAGCCACGCACGAAGGAUGCGCUUCCUUCGGGGCAGUUGCUGAUAGACAGCUUCCUCAAGACACGAACACAAAACGAGUCUUCCAAACGCUGA